AUGAAAUCCGUUACAGUUCUUCUAGUUUCUUUAUUCGUUGCCUUGGCUGUCGCCGAGCCAUACUACUACUACAAGCGUGACGCCGAAGCAUCUCCCUACUACUACUACAAACGUGACGCCGAAGCAUCUCCCUACUACUACUACAAGCGUGAUGCCGAAGCCACCCCCUACUACUACUACAAGCGUGAUGCCGAAGCAACCCCAUACUACUACUACAAGCGUGAUGCCGAAGCAACCCCAUACUACUACUACAAGCGUGACGCCGAAGCCACCCCAUACUACUACUACAAGCGUGACGCCGAAGCCACCCCAUACUACUACUACAAGCGUGAUGCCGAAGCCACCCCAUACUACUACUACAAGCGUGAUGCCGAAGCCACCCCAUACUACUACUACAAGCGUGAUGCUGAAGCCACCCCAUACUACUACUACAAGCGUGAUGCUGAAGCCACCCCAUACUACUACUACAAGCGUGAUGCCGAUGCAUCCCCCUACUACUACUACUAA